UCGCGACACCGCCCACCCCGGCUCUCGUCUGCUUUGUCAGGCAUCAAACUUCCUGAAUAAGACACAAACCACAACAAGAAGACGGUAGAUUUGACACAACGAGUCUGCCAUUUAUUCUUAUAUACAUACAUUUUGUAUAUUUCCGUUGUUUUAUCACAGACAUUAGCUAGCUAGUUUGGUUUGCUAACCACGGAAUUGAUCACCUGUUCUUAUCCCUACGGCUAAUCUCACGUUAACGCUACCUGUAGGUAUUAUUAGCUUUUAAACAUCACCUACAACCUGUUUAUUGGCACGCUGCUUGUCUUCUCUUCAUUAAAAAUACAUAUCGACACAGGUUCCUGUCAGCCUCCGUGAGCGAUCGAAUGAGGUGAAACUGGCAACAGUGGACAACCAGGCACAAAAAGGGCCAUCGAUCAGUAAAGGAUGAUCAUGGAAGACAUGAAGAAUGAAGCCGACGCUGCCUCAAUAGUUUCUAUGGCUGUGUACACUGUGAUGUUCCCCGUCUUUAACCAGUUGGAGAAAGUCAACUUAUCAGCAGCGCAGACCUUGAGAGCAGCCAUUAUAAAGGCAGAGAAGGAGAGUCCAGGUGUAACACAGGAUAUUGUUCUGAAAAUACUGGAGAAGAAGAACAUAAAAAUCGACUAUCAUGAGUCUCUACUUCGCAUGGCUGCAGACGAUGUGGAAGAGUUCGUGAUUGACAGGCGGGAGCCAGAGUUUCAGGAGCUGAACGAGAGGGCCCGAGCUCUGAAACACAUCCUCAGCACUAUUCCUGAUGAGAUCAAUGACAGAGUAGGCUUCCUACAGACCAUCAAAGACAUCGCCAGCGCCAUCAAGGAGCUGCUCGACACGGUUAAUACCGUCUUCAGGAAAUACCAGUAUCAGAACAGACGGGUGCUGGAGCAGCAUAAGAAAGAGUUUGUGAAAUACUCCAAGAGCUUCAGUGUCACGCUGAAAACCUACUUCAGAGACGGAAAGGUGAUAAACGUGUUCGUCAGCGCCAACCGGCUCACGCACCAAACCAACAUGAUCCUGCAGGCCUUCAAGAUGUCGGUGUAGCGACGCUGGAAGACACACACACACACACACACACACACACACAAUUAUUUUGGGCUGUAUCAUUUAUAAUUCUGCAGCUUUGAGGGAAGAUCAGGUAGUUUGAGGUUCAAAGCGAAUCAAGUUGACGGUAAUUGUCGGGGAUUUCUAACUCUCUCUUUUAUGUUUUUCUUUUAUCAAGAUCUUGAGUCGAUAUUUCUUUAUAUAUAUAUUACCCUCUCUGUUCAGCGAAAAGUUUAGGAAAGAAGUAAUCAUUUCCAAUGUGCUUUAAAAGCGCAUAACAUUUAAAAACCUUACACAUUCCCACAUUUCUGCACUUUAACUCUCACGUUAUUGUGUAUUUUAUCUGUUGUUAGACCAUUUUUAUUCUGUUUUUAUUGUGAAUAUAAUCUUGAUGUAUCUGGUGGCAUCAUGUACUAUCAGCAUCAUGUUCAAUUUCGAUCUGUCAAGAAACCAAUACCUGGAGAACCGUUCCAGAUGUUUUCUGUGUUUGCUUUCUUUGUUCUGUAAUAUUCACCCAGUGCAUCAUAAACACAACCUCUUAAGGUGAACUCA